UGGUGUAAGACAAUAGCUCCGCUGAGCCGACUCUCUUUCCAAAGCCUCCAGCAGCCAAGCUCCCAGCCAGAGACGUUUUGCAAGCAACACGGCCACCCCUCGCACACCAGUCCACACCAGCGCCCACAGCCCAUGGAGCUCCGGCCGUUCCUCCUGCUCCUCGGGCUCUGCUCAGCUGGCCUCGUCCUGGGCUCCGAACAUGAGACCCGCCUGGUGGCCAAGCUCUUUGAAGAUUACAACAGCGUGGUGCGGCCGGUAGAAGACCACCGCCAGGUUGUGGAGGUCACCGUGGGCCUACAGCUGAUCCAGCUCAUCAACGUGGAUGAAGUAAAUCAGAUUGUGACAACCAACGUGCGACUGAAACAGCAAUGGGUGGAUUACAAUCUGAAAUGGAACCCAGACGACUAUGGCGGCGUGAAAAAAAUCCACAUUCCCUCGGAAAAGAUCUGGCGCCCAGACCUCGUGCUCUAUAACAAUGCAGAUGGUGACUUUGCCAUUGUCAAGUUCACCAAAGUGCUCCUGGACUACACUGGCCACAUCACAUGGACACCCCCGGCCAUCUUCAAAAGCUACUGUGAGAUCAUCGUCACCCACUUUCCCUUUGAUGAACAGAACUGCAGCAUGAAGCUGGGCACCUGGACCUACGACGGCUCGGUGGUGGCCAUCAACCCGGAAAGCGACCAACCAGACCUAAGCAACUUCAUGGAGAGUGGAGAGUGGGUGAUCAAGGAGUCCCGGGGCUGGAAGCACUGGGUGUUCUACGCCUGCUGCCCCUCCACCCCCUACCUGGACAUCACCUACCACUUUGUCAUGCAGCGCCUGCCCCUCUACUUCAUCGUCAACGUCAUCAUUCCCUGCCUGCUCUUCUCCUUCUUAACUGGCCUGGUGUUCUACCUGCCCACAGACUCCGGAGAGAAGAUGACUCUGAGCAUCUCGGUCCUGCUGUCCUUAACCGUGUUCCUCCUGGUCAUCGUGGAGCUGAUCCCCUCCACCUCCAGUGCUGUGCCCUUGAUUGGGAAAUACAUGCUGUUCACCAUGGUGUUUGUCAUCGCGUCUAUCAUCAUCACCGUCAUUGUCAUCAACACACACCACCGCUCCCCCAGCACCCACGUCAUGCCCAACUGGGUACGCAAGGUUUUUAUCGACACUAUCCCAAAUAUCAUGUUCUUCUCCACAAUGAAAAGACCCUCUAGAGAAAAACAAGACAAAAAGAUUUUUACAGAAGACAUUGAUAUUUCUGACAUUUCCGGGAAGCCAGUGCCUCCACCUAUGGGUUUCCACUCUCCGCUGAUCAAACACCCAGAGGUAAAAAGUGCCAUCGAAGGAGUCAAAUACAUCGCAGAGACCAUGAAGUCAGACCAGGAGUCCAAUAACGCGGCCGAGGAAUGGAAGUAUGUUGCAAUGGUAAUGGACCACAUUCUCCUCGGAGUCUUCAUGCUCGUCUGUAUCAUUGGAACACUGGCUGUGUUUGCAGGUCGGCUCAUUGAAUUAAAUCAGCAAGGAUGAGCUGAGCUGAGCACCAGGCAGAGCAGAGAAUGGUGGGGAAGAGAGAAAUAUCUUUCUACUUUGAUUUGAGCUCAUUUAUCAGACCUCUAACUUUCUGUAUUUAUGAUUAAUGCUAACGAUCUAUAUUUAUGUAAGGUGACGGCCUCCAGUACCUUCACAGCGCUUCUCCUGCGGUCCUGCUCUAUCUUGCCUGGAGAGUGAACCCUUUUCAGUAAAAGAAGUGGGAUCACUAACAAAGUGUAUUCAUUUCCAAAGGCAUCUUGAAGAGUGUGGUCCAGAAUAACAGGUUUUCUAGUGCUUUGUUUUUUAAAUUUUUUAAGCAAAGAACGUACCCUUUGCUUAAAAGUCAGUUUUGUACAUACAAGUAGGCCUAUCUGCCAGUCCCCAAAAGAUAAAGCACUUGAGAAAAAAGGAAACUGUAGAAAGGCAACAGCUAAGUUCUAGAAUAGCCACCAAAAUGCAAACUGCAUCAGAGCAGGUUUCUAGAGCUGGGAGGGGAGGGAGGGGCUUCCCAGGCUAACACAGCCCCCAAGUAUGCUGCUCAAGGCUUGAGGAAGGAACACAGUCAGCUAAUUUCCUGAGCUAUACCAAGCUUGAGGGCCAGGCGCUGUGGGAAUCAUCUCACGGAUGUGGUUUUAUUCCUGACUUUCAUAAUGUCCCUAUUUUACAAAUGAGAAAGCUGAACUUGUGAAGCUUAAGUUCACUGCCGAAGCUAGCAAGGAGAACUGAGCCAGUUCUGAAGCCAGACCUAAUCUGGAUUCAGAGUAGCUCAGGGCUGGGUCAGCUCAUCGGCUCACUCGCUCCGCUGGCCUCUCCCCACCUGACCUAGGCCAUCCUGUAACUCCGCUCAGGGUUUUGAGAGCUUCAGUCUUAGGGUCAUCCACCUUUCUGCCCUUCCAAUUAAACCCCCGGCCCUUUUCCCCAGUCCUCAUCCAGUGCUGGUUGGGGUUUUGUUCUAUCGAUGAAAUCAGAAAUGUAUGCCCAUAUCACCACCAUUUCUAAAAUUCCAGACAAGUGAACAGGAGAGAAAAUGAUUUUUCUUCGUAGCCACUUUCCAGCCACAAGGUAAUACACUCCAGAAGCAGGAGCCCUGGGUAUGGGUGACCUCUCUGAACCCACGUGGUUUCGAGCUACUUCUCCAUGGAAUUCUCGAGCACCCACUCAUGGCAGUGCCUUCAUGUGAGAGUAAUCUCAAGGGAAAAUAGUCUGGUGGUUCCUCAAGAAACUAAACAUAGAACUAUCAUAAGAUCCAAUAAUUCUACUCCUAGGUAUACACCCAAAAGUGAAAACAGAGAUGUGAACAGACACGUGUAUGCCAAUGUCCACAGCAGCAUGAAUCACAGUCCUGAAAGGUGGAAACAGUUCAAGUGUCCAUCAGCAGAAAAAGCAGGAUAUACAUACAGGAGAAUAUUAUUCAGCCUUAAAGAGGAAUGAAAUUCUGAUGUAUGUUACAAUACGGAUCAACCUCGGAAACAUGCUUGAUGAAAUAAGCCAGACACAAAAGGACAAAUCUUAUGAUUCCACUUAAAUGAGGUACCUAGAAGAGGCACAUUUAUAGAGAGAGAAAGUAGAAUAGAGAUUGCCAGGGCUGAUGGGGAGGGGUGAGUUAUUGCUCAGCGGGUAGAAUUUCAGAUUGGGAGGAUGGGAAAGUUCUGGAAUGAACAGUGGUGAUGGUCGUACAACAUUGUGGAAUGUACUUAAUGC